CAGUUCGCGUAACGGGCCGUAUCCCUUUGGCACUGUUUUUGUUAACAGCUGCGUUCAAUGUGUUUCGCCAUGCCCGUAGUUUAACGUUAUAACACGAUAAGAUCGAUUGUUUUGUGAUGUGAAAUCGGCACUACACGCUAAAAACAUUACCAAACUGUGUGCUAUCGGUGUUGCGCGGAGAAUUGUGUUAGGUUUUGUGAAAAAGACUCUCACUGUGGUGGAUUCAAUAUAUUAGUUAUCGAUAAAAAAGGCCCUUCCCUUCGCGCCGCGUGUGACCCAGCGAUCGAAAUCAACUAUCGGCGUAAUAAACGAGCGAUGAGACUAGUGUCCGACAUCUACAAUGAAAGCAUUGAAACAUCACUAGGAGGAAUCGCGAAGCAUCUAACGCAAACGGAAGAAUCGCGAGGACUGCCGAACCAACCGCGCCAGAAGCAGCAACAACAGCAGCAGCAACACUUUGUCACCUUAGGCAGUCUGAAGCGUUGGGGCGAACAGUCGGAAGACGACCGUGGUCAGCCCCGUCCACGUCCGACCGAUUACAGCCAAUUUGCGGAGAACUGUGAAGCCGGCCCGAAACACCCCGUCUGUCCGUUUCCAUGCGAUGCGCAGAUCAACAACCGUUUCGUAAUCUGGGAGGGUGAUAUCUCGCAGCUCAAAGUCGAUGCCAUCACCAACAGCACCGAUGAAACGUUAACGGAAAAGAAUCGUGUAUCGAAGAAAAUUUUCGGCCGUGCCGGUGCUGCACUUACCUCGGCCAUCGUGCACGACGUGAGAAGAUGUAAAACUGGCGAAGUUCGCGUUACACCAGGAUUUUUCUUACCGUCGAAGUACAUUAUUCACACCGUCGGUCCCAUAUACAGUGAGAAGUACAGGACAGCAUCGGAAGCGACGCUGCAUGCUUGUUAUCGUAACGUGUUGUACAAAGCAAGGGAACUAGGAUUAAGAACCGUAGCCCUAUGUGAUAUUAGCUCGGUGCAGCGCGACUUCCCACCAGACACUGCUGCUCACAUAGCAUUGAGGACUGUACGCCGCUUUCUGGAGCAAUACCGUGCCGAGAUUGUGAUAGUUUGCCUUGAAUCUAAUGCACGCAGUAUCUACGAGGUACUAGCACCGUUGUACUUUCCGCGCGAUCCGCUCGAGGAACGAAGUGCUUUGUGGCAGCUGCCGAAGGACAUCGGGGGACUGUAUGGUGAACCGCAGCUAGCUGAUCGACAGAUUCGCAUCAUUCACAACCCACAGCAUUCCGUCAUGAUAGAAGCCGAUGACGAUUCUGACACGAGCCCACACGAUCUGGAAAUGGGAUCCGACGUGGAGUAUAGCAAUAUUAACCUUAGCCUGGCAGCUCAACUAUCCGGUGCAGCUCAUUCCUUCACGCAAAUGCAGGGAGAUUUGGAUCGGCAACGUCUGCUAGGCGAUCGACCACGCAUGGUCUAUGAAAGUGUGCUUGACGAUGGCUUGGAAGGAAUAGAGCACCAGGAAAGAUACGAACGACUGUUGAGACGUGCUAAAACGGAAGACCUGUCGGAAGUUUCGGGCAUCGGAUGUCUGUACCAGAGCGGUGUAGACAGGCUCGGCCGGCCGGUUGUAGUUUUCUGCGGCAAAUGGUUCCCCGCUCACAAUAUCGACCUAGAGAAGGCCCUGCUCUACCUGAUAUAUUUGCUCGAUCCGAUCGUGAAAGGCGACUACGUGAUCGCUUAUUUCCACACGUUGACGAGCUCGAACAACUACCCAUCUCUGCAGUGGCUGAAGGACGUCUACAGUAUACUGCCCUACAAGUACAAGAAGAAUUUGAAAGCCUUUUACAUUGUGCAUCCCACAUUCUGGACGAAGAUGAUGACCUGGUGGUUUACCACGUUCAUGGCACCGGCAAUCAAGACGAAGGUGCAUUCGCUUCCGGGCGUUGAGCAUCUGUACUCGGCCAUCGCAAAGGAUCAGCUCGAAAUUCCUGCGUACAUUACCGAGUACGAUAUGGCGACCAACGGCAUACACUACUUCCAACCGAUCGCAAACACAUCCUCACCAGCAUCCUAAGCACCGGCGACGACUCGUCAAUAUAAACCCUCCUCUUAAUGCACCUUCCGAUCGUGAUUGUUAAUGAAUCGAUUAGCGUACGACAUUUUGCACCUUUUUGCACUACCAACAAACAAAACCAAAACCACACACGUACCGAACCGAACAAAACACCGAGCGCAUUUAACGACGGUACCACCGUUUCCCACCCGAGAGAAGGUAGCGACAUGUUUUUGCCCAAACAAUUUGGACGCCCACUUCCUCGCGACCUCCAGGCAACAGACAGCGAUGGGAGAAAAUCAUCACAAAAAAAACCGACACUAUUAUAAUGUUUCUAUCACAACUAACUACUCAUGAUAGGAGGAACAGGAAACCGAAAUCUUUGCUUCCCUUCCAAAACCAUUGUUACGUGUUUUGUGAGUGUUUGUGUGUUUGUGCUCGCGCAAAAAAAAAAGGUUACUCUGUAAGACAACAUUGAAACAAAUCAAAUUGGCAAUUAACGGUUACCUUUCUAACCUAUCGAUUUAUAAGAAACAACUGCAAAACUCUACAUAAACCGACGGCAGAGAUGUUUGCUACUAUCGGGAACACAAACCUGCAUUGAAGCAAAAGGAGUAUUUUGAUGCGCUGUUUAGUGUUCCUUUUAAUUGUUCGACCAUUGAACGGUGAACGUGUUUUACUAUCCAAAGCAAAAUGGCAGCAAAGGUUUAGUAAGAGUCGUACACAAACUCUCAGAUAUACAAAGCUAAAUAGAAACUGAAGCCUUCGCCCAUCGCGCUAAUCGAAACGAAAUUAAUUAAUAGUGAGGUUAUGCCCCGGUAGUUGAUUGCAAAGCUUUUGUCUCCUUUUCCUGAAUAUCGGGGUCAUCCAUGAUGUUUUCCAAAUCUGUGGAACAACGCCUUUACUGAACGGUCGUUGGAAUAGAUGAACCAAUAAUGGGAACACCACAUCACUCCAUUUUUUUUAACGCACUGCGGGUCAGUGUCCGUCAGGCCCCGCAGUUGUAGGACGUGUUCAGCUUAUUUGAGGCGGUUUUUUACGGUAUCCCUGUUGACGGUGAGAUUCAUAUCGACAACGUCUUGUUGGCUGUCCUUGACUGCUUGGUCGAUCAUUAAUGGGUGUGUUACUCUUUCAGAAAAGGCUUCUUGAAAUCUUGAUGCGAAAACUUCACAGAUUUCAUGUUCCGUCAAAGCCGAUUCACUGUUAUGUUCAAUGCAUGACGAAGGAGUGGUGUGUUUCCGUCGUGAAUUGCCAAAAUUCAAGAAAACUUAUGGAUUGAUGUGCAAGUUGCGCUGCGUCCUUGAACUGUAUGCUUCACAUAAAAGCCUGUUAUAGGAGCUGUAAGCACGUAGCUAUUGAGUGGCCGAUUGCUUAUUGCGCACUGAUAGAUGUCGUCGCAGGUUUCUAACAGCGGUAUUCUUCCGCCUUUUCAAAGCUUUAAGCUCCCUGUUUGACCAGGGUGGCCAACGUUUCGGCU